CCACUGCUCAAAAAACCUACAUUAAACACUUCUCUUAUAGAAAACUAUAGACCUGUCUCUCUCCUUCCAUUCAUAGCGAAAACACUUGAACGUGUUGUCUUCAACCAGGUCUCAUUGUUUCUUUCACAGAACAACAAACUGGACGCUAAACAGUCAGGUUUCAGGAGUGGCCAUUCAACUGAGACUGCACUUCUCUCGGUCACUGAAGCCCUGCGAAUUGCAAAAGCCCAUUCCAAAUCAUCAGUCCUCAUUCUGCUAGAUCUAUCUGCCGCGUUUGACACUGUCAAUCAUCAGAUACUCCUCUCCACUCUCAUCACUGGGCAUCGCUGGAAUUCCACUUCGCUGGUUUGAAUCCUAUCUCACUGAUGAUCCAACGGUAGCUGCAAGGAUCUCGGGUUGCCUGGCAGACAUCUCGGCAUGGAUGAAAGAACAUCACCUCCAGCUCAACCUGGCAAAGACUGAGCUUCUUGUCUUUCCUGCCGCUCCAACUCUACAGCAUGACAUCACGAUCCAGUUAGGUUCAUCAACAAUUACCCCAUCAACUUCGGUCAGAAAUCUUGGUGUAAUCUUUGAUGACCAGCUGACCUUCAAAGACCACAUUGCAAAGACUGCUCGAUCUUGCAGGUUUGCACUACACAACAUCAGAAAGAUCAGGCCCUUUCUGACGGAGCAUGCUGCACAACUCCUUGUCCAGGUCCUUGUCAUUUCUAGGCUGGACUACUGCAAUGCUCUUCUGGCUGGACUUCCAUCAAACACAGUCAAACCUCUACAAAUGAUUCAGAAUGCAGCGGCACGACUGGUCUUCAAGGAACCCAAAAGAGCCCAUGUUACACCUCUCUUUAUCUCAUUGCAUUGGCUACCAAUCGCAGCUCGCAUCAAGUUCAAGACACUGAUGCUUGCUCAUAGAACAACCACAGGCUCAGCACCCGCCUACAUGCACUCACUAUUAAGAAUCUACAUCCCCUCCAGAAAUCUGAGAUCUGCUAGUGAGCGACGCCUCGUGGUACCAUCACAAAGAGGCUCAAAAUCACUCUCCAGAACAUUCUCGUUCACCAUUCCUGGCUGGUGGAAUGAUCUUCCCACCCAUAUUCGGAGUACUGGAUCCCUGUCAAUCUUCAAGCAACAGCUGAAAGCUCAUCUCUUUCGACACUACUUGACUUCAACCUACACAUAAAAAAAAAAAAAAAAAAUCUUUCUCCUUACUUAUUCCUUCCCUUGCUAGCUUGUACUUAUUUAAACAAUGCCUGAGACUUGGUGUUACAAGCACUUCCUUUGUCGAAUUGCCUCUUCAAGAUGAAUCGCUUCAUGUGUUCCCCAAAUUGUAAGUCGCUUUGGAUAAAAGCGUCUGCAAAAUGACUAAAUGUAAAUGUAAA